AUGCCGGCUGCCUUUAGGCGCCCCGGGGCCUGCACCAGGGAGGGCUCUCUGUUCAUCGUUGAGCUCUGCCUUACGUGUAUCGCAGUAAUAGGAACCCUCCAAUCUGUUAUUGGAAUUAUUGCGCAAUCACUUCCACUUGUGGGUGUCAUGGACUAUAGUUCACCAAUAGGCCCGUGGAUGAUUCUCUGGAUGGCUGUUGCCAAUGCUCUUGAUGCAUUUUCUGUGCUCUUUGAACUUAUUGCCGUGAUAUUUUUCAGAAACCGUAAGUCUUCUCUUGAGUUAAUCUUUAUCAGUGUCAUAGCCGUAUUGAAGAUAGGAGUGGAUAUAUUUAUGACAUAUGCUCUUAGGUAUGUCUCCGCAGCAGUGGUCUAUUUAAGUACAGCCAUCCUUCUACACAUAAGUGUUCUCUGGAUUUCUGCACAAAGUCAUUUAUCGCACAAACUUCGCAACACUCAGACUGCUCCAUCUACUACCGCAUCUCUGCUUUCGGAAACACCAAUCGAGAGUUUAACCCCAAGCCAAUCCACCAGGGCGGAGGUGGCCUGCUUUGACCCCUCAAAAGUAUCUGAUGGCGGUUAUAAUGGGGCUCAAUGUGAAGGUGAUAACGCGCUACUCUUCGACCAGCCUGAGGUUGAGGACGUUCUUAGUACUGUCGAGCAACCAAAGACAUCCAGACUAUCUAAUAUCCCAGUAACGGCACGAUUAGCAAUAGUAGCAAUCCUAUUAAUUUUAUCCCUUUGUAUCCACAUUUUUCUUUGCUCACAGACUUACUUAUUGGCCACGUCCUCCUCAAAAUCCCUGACAAGCCGCUCAGUUAUCCUGUAUAGUUAUGUUGAUGAUGAGAUGCAAACAGGAAGAUACAUAUCUUCGGCGAGUCUCGACAUCGCUAGGUCUACUCAAGAAGAUUCAGGCACUUACAGUUGCAUAACUAUUAUGCUUCAUGAUCAAGGGCAGGACAGCACCACCCUUCUACCUCUGGCUCGCAAUGCAUCGGCACUGGACCCAUAUGGGUGCCUUUAUGUCCUCGUAGAUAGACCCGGAUAUGGGUCAUCCAGUGUAGGGAAGUAUCCUCUGGAGCUUGUCACAGAGGCCAAGAUGGUGAAUAAUAUAGCUCUUCUGCUCGCAGCUGAGUUGAUAUUUGACCUUCGCGAGCGUUGCCAGCUGCCUGCAAGAUACAAUCCUGACUCGAAACAAUAUGAGUUGACUGAUGCUCGACAUAUCGAGGCUUGCUUUGCCAAGCAAAAUAUUUCCACAGAAUUAAUUUCACAGAGGGUGAGAUUUACCUGCGUGGGCCAUGGUAGCGGGACCUCGGUGUGUCUCACUUGGGCUAAGCUGGCAGCCAGAGCCUUACAAACUCUUGUAGUACCAGUGGAUGAGGUAGUUGGAAUAGACUACUUCCCACAACAUCUUGUUUUAGAAGCGUUAUUUGGUGUUAAUGCCUCAGCAGCUAUCUUGCAGAAUGAGGAAGGAAAGUUAGAACCUGUAAAGUCGGUAAUCGCCUCCUUUAGCUUGGCUAGUUACGUAUAUGACACAGGAAAGUACACAGAGAUACACGACUACGUGAUGCAUCUUUCAGACAUGGUCCCCGAUGUUGAAAUAUCUAAAGCUGGCCAGUUUCGUAGACGAACAUCUCUGUGCACCUUUUCAGAGGGGUAUAUGGCGUCAAUUUCUCAGGCUGCAGCGCACAACUCCCAAGCCAUCAAAUUGGAUGAGUUCGUCUCAAACGGUCUCUCUCUGCCAAAUACUACUUUCUCUCUUCUAAUUAUCUCUGCGUAUGAUUGCACAAGGGGUCCGUCAACGAUAGAGUGUGAUCUAUUUGGAUCUGAUGAAGAACGUGUGGAGGUCCUUACUAGGGUUGCCGAGGCCCUGCAAGUCGAACUCUCAGACACCACUACAGAAGUAUAUCAUGGAGCACCCUGUGACUUGUGGUCUGCGCCCCGCACUAUAGCAGGCUGGCUGGUGAAUGCAUCCUCCCAGAGGACGCUAAUUAAAUGA